CAACAGCUUUACCCACCACUGGGGCUCCUACAACUGUGUCACCUACCACUGCAGCGCCCACAACACUCUCUCCUACCACAAAAACAAUGUCGACUGCAGCACCUACGACAGUUGCACCUACAACUGCUGCCUCUGCAGCAGCCAUACAAACCACUUCAGAACCUACAACUGCUUCACCAACAACUGCUACACCUACUACUGCAGCACACACAACAUUUGCACCUACUACUUCAGCACCUACAACUGCUGCAUCCACUGCUGCCGCUCCAACUACUGAGUCACCUACCACUGCAGUGCCCACAACACUUGCUCAAAUAACAGAAGCAGCAACAACUGCAGCACCUUCAACAGUUGAACCAACAACUUCUGCCUCCGCAACAGCCGUGCAUACGACUGAAACACCGACAGCUGCUUCAACAACAACUGCCGCCCCGACUACUGCAGUACCUACGACUGCUGCACCUACAGCUGAGGCUACUACCAUUGCACCAACAACUACAUUGCAAACAACGCCUGGGCCAACGACUCAUGCAACGCCUACAACUGCUUCACCCACCACUGUGGCUCGUUCAACUGUCGCACCUACAACACAAACACCAACGACAGCAACACCUGCAACACUUGCACCUUCAACUGCUGCUCCUACAACUGUAGCACCCACAACACCUGCACCUACGACUGCCUCACCUACAAGUGUGGCACCUACAACUGUUGCUACUACCAUUGCACCGACAACUUCGGGGCAAUCAACCCCUGGGCCAACUACUGCAGCGCCUACAACUGCUUCACCCACUACUGUGGCUCAUUCAACUGUCGCACCUACAACUGUAGCACCCACAACUGUAGCACACACAACACCUGCACCUACGACAGUAGCACCUACAACACCUGCUCAACCAACACAAACACAGACGACUGCAGUAACUACAACACCUGCACCUACAACUGAUUCACCUACAACUGCAGCUACUACUUCCGCACCUACGACUACAGUUCCUAGAACAACUGGGCCGACUACUGCAGCGCCGACAACUGCUUCACCCACUACUGGGGCUCCGACAACUGCGUCACCCACCACUGCAGUGCCCACAACACUUGCUCAAACAACAGAAUCAGCAACAACUCUAGCACCUUCAACAGUUGAACCAACAACUUCUGCCUCCGCAACAGCCGUGCAUACGACUGAAACACCGACAGCCGCUUCAACAACAACUGCCGCCCCUACGACUGCUGCACCUACAAGUGUCGCACCUACAACUGAGGCUACUACCAUUGCACCAUCAGCUACACAUUGCACCAACAACUUCGGUACAAUCAACGCCUGGGCCGACUACUGCAACGCCUACAACUGCUUCACUCACUACUGUGGCUCAUUCAACUGCCGCACCUACGACUGCUGCACCUACAACAACUGCUCCAACAACACAAACACCAACGACAGCAACACAUACAACAACUGCACCUUCAACUGCUGCCCCUACAACUGUAGCACCCACAACACCUGCACCUACAACAGCAGCACCUACGACACCUGCUCCAACAACACAAAUACAGACGACUGCAUUAACUACAACACCUACACCUACAACCGAUUCACCUACAACUGCAGCUACUACUUUCGCACCUACAACUACAGUGCCUAG